CUAAGGCACCAUAAAAACAAACAGCUGUUUUGUGCGUCUUCAAGCGGCUUUUGUAUAAUAAAAUUUAGACAGUUUUUCAAAAUCGUAAUUGCUGCAAUGGCAGCCUCAAUGGAUGAGGAUAUAACAGCCAACCCGCCCCCAAGCAGCGAAGAGGAUCCCCUGGCCGAGGAGCGCCUGGGCUUUGUGCGGGAAGUGGGCGCGCAGGCUGUUUGGAGCCUCUCCUCCUGCAAGCCGGGAUUUGGAGUGGAGCGUCUGCGAGACAACAUCAUGGAUACUUAUUGGCAGUCGGACGGUCAACUUCCCCACCUGGUCAACAUUCAAUUCCACAAGCGUACGAACAUCAGUCAGAUUUACAUAUACACGGAUUACAAGCUGGACGAGAGUUACACGCCAUCAAGAAUCUCCAUACGAUCUGGAACGAACUUCAACGACUUGCAGGAGCUGCAGGUGAUGGACCUCACCGAACCCACCGGCUGGGUGCAGAUACCCAUUAAGGAUGGGAACGUCAAGUCCAUACGCACCUUCAUGCUUCAGAUUGCUGUGAUCUCGAACCACCAGAAUGGCAGGGACACCCACAUGCGCCAGAUCCGCAUCCAUGCGCCCGUCGAGGGCAAGCAUUAUCCGCUGGAGCUGUUUGGCAAGUUUGGAACAGUCGACUUUCAGAAGUUCGCCACCAUUCGUUAGGGAAAACUUUGGGAUUUAUCGAAGUCUUUUAUUUUUAUGUAUUUUUCGGGGUAUAUAACUGCUAAAAUACAACAUUUAAAACAUUA